UGAGACGUUCCGGCAGACUUGGCAUAAAUCAGGUUCGUAGAAGGAAAAAUGACAGAAUAAAGAGAAAUUCCCCUGAAGUAAAAUACAUAUGUGUUCAGACAGGUCGGGACCCCCCCUCACUUCCUUCUCAUGUGGUGCCCUCCAUGGUAUAUAAGAAGACGCCAACGUUCUCGAGAUUCAUCCUGCACAGCUCGCACUCACCAUGGAUGUUCCCUUUAAAGGUCAAGCUAAGGAGCCGCCAUAUCUGCCUGGGGGAGUGGGUCCAGAAGAGGCCGCCAACCCCGACAUACAAUCCGUCUGUGACGCGGUAAAACCUGACUUUCUGAAGAGAUCCGCGGUUAAUGCCACAAAGUUUAAGGCCGUCAAAUACAAAAGUCAAACUGUGGCUGGAUAUAACUACUUUAUCAAGGUCUGGCUCGGAGGGACUCAGUACUGUCAUCUGAGAAUAUAUAAGCCCCUGCCUCAUACUGGAGGGAAACCGCGGCUGGACUCUUACCAGAUGGGAAAGACUGAACACGACGCCAUCACUCAUUUCUAAAAAGCAAAUCCAAUGCUUAAUAUAUGCGCAAAACUACCGUAAAUCCUGCUCAAAGCUGCUGAUAUU